AUGUUCAAAGCGUCUUCUCCUCUUUUCUCAGGUCUUCUUUGGAAGAUCCCAUGGCGAAUCUCGCAGCCCCAGAAGGCUCGCCAGAGGAAACGCCUUCGCACUGUCGAUCGUGUGGUAGACACCAUCAGCGCAGCCCUUGCCCGUAACGGGCAGAAGGCGCGAUCCGUCGACCGGUGGUAUCGGGAAAUGCCUCGCGAGGAGGAGAUGCUGCCCAAGGAUAAAUACACUCUCUUCGACAAGAAGGAAAAGACAUACCGCAAAGGCAUUCAUAAGCUGCCGAAAUGGACACGAGUCAGCCAGCGCGUGAACCCUCCCGGUUUCUAA